CUUUUGACAUAUGAAGAUUAUCCAAAAUCCGAGUGAACUUAUGACUGGCACAAUCAAAGAAAUGAUUAGUGACGGUGAUCAGUGAGAAUUUCAUAUAAAAUGUGGUACAUCGAAAAUAAAUGUAUAGUUUCUGUGAAUACAAACCGAAAAUGAAAGUCUUCUUAUCUUUUGCUGCUGUCGUAGCUGUGGCUGUGGCCGUCCCAGCGAAUUAUGAACCUAUCCACGUUGGACCUGCUCUAGUUGACACCUACGAACCUAUCCAUGUUGGACCCGCUCUAGUUGACACCUACGAACCUAUCCAUGUUGGACCCGCUCUAGUCGACACCUAUGAGCCUAUUCAUGUUGGACCUGCUCUAGUUGACACCUAUGAGCCUAUCCAUGUUGGACCUGCUCUAGUCGACACCUAUGAGCCUAUCCAUGUUGGACCCGCUCUAGUUGACACCUAUGAGCCUAUCCAUGUUGGACCCGCUCUAGUUGACACCUACGAACCUAUCCACGUUGGACCUGCUCUUGUGGAUGUUGACAACUACGAACCCAUCUCCGUUGGACCCGCCAUCGUCGAUACUCCCAGCGCCCAGAGCACCCCACUCGUGCAGAUCAUCUUGAACAUCAACCAGGCAACCACUGCUUCUGCUGUUGAAACCCCCGUCUAUAAUCCUCAGCCAGCCGAGAUUGUUGAGAAGCCUGUGGCUCCCACUCCGGUCAUCGUCGCUUCUCCCAUCAUUCCCGCGCCCGUCGUAACUUUACCCGAGAUCCUCAACUAAGUGCAGCUUUAGCUUUAAGUGCAUCAUUUGAGAAUAUUAAUUAUCAUAACCAGAAUAACAACAGGACACAAAAUAACGAGUUUAUAAUGUGACAAAUAAAGAAUUUUAAUACUUUAUA